GGAUCUCGUCGAUGUACCAUAAACAAAAAUGUCAGCGAUCCCGAUUUUUUGUUUCUUGCUGCAUACCCAUCGUUAAAUCUUAAUUAGAUCACACGAAUUAUAUAAAAUAAUGCUAGACGCUUUCUCCAAGAUUCAAAUAUCGCGUACAGAACGUUUCAAAGUAAUAAAUCAGCCUUCGUAAGCGUGCGUUCCGUGUACGCGCGCCUGUCUACACCCGACCUAUCUCAUUGUUUAUGUAUGGAGAAUAAACCAGGAAUUUUUAUGGGGUUUCGCAGCAUAUUCUCAUUUUAAGUGAAAAUUUUGGAUAGGUAAGGGUCUAUUCGGAAGACAAUUGAGACGGAGACACCGCGCGCCGCCUGCGUCCUAGCCAUCAAGUCAAGUUGGCGAAGGCACGCAGGGGUAUGAUCAAGGAGAAGGAGAAAGGCGGAGGUGCUCGCCUCAAAGACGAGCCCAAUGAUCCCACAGAGCCUGGGCACGGCUCCCGCCCCCCUUCAGCGUCGCUGCCGACCCCGGCGGCGUUGAAGAAGGAGCCCGAGGAAGGACCUCACCGGGUCAAGAUCGAGCCGCACCAGGACGACUCCGCGCCCGAGCUGGCCGUGGACGGCAUCAAGACUGAGAUCGACACGCUCAUGGACAACGAUGGUGACCCCACGAAGUCUCCGCAGUGCGAGCUGGGCGGGCCCGGGUCGCUGAAGUCGGAGCGGCUGUCUUCCGACUCCAACGACAUACUGGACCCUCAGACUGGACUCAGAGGCUCCACGGGGAAUCUGCAGGAUGGAAAUCAAAAUUGCCGGAACCCUAACGUGGGCCCGGAAAUGGGGUCGUGUCGCAUGGGCGGCGGCGGCGGGCCCAUGGGACCCGGUGUGUCUAUGGGCCCGAUGUCGGCCAGCGAAGCACAGACACUGCCUUCCAACGUCAUCAGUAAACAGGCUGGGAGUAUGGAGCAGCAGAGCCAGAUCUUCGUGUUCUCGACCAUGCUCGCCAACAAGGGGGCGGAGGCCGUGUUGUCUGGUCAGCACCACUCCAUCAUCUCCUACCACUGCGCACAGCCAGGCACCAAGAAGUAUUUGGAGAAACAUCCCUUGAAAAUGGGCCAGUUCAACAAACAGAGCCCCGCCCAGUGGCUCAACAACCUCGCCAUGGCCAAGACCAGGGGCGGCAUGAGGGGCGGACCCAACAUGAUGGGCGGGCCCAACCAAAUGGGCGGUCCCAUGGGCCCGAACAUGGGUCCGAUGGGCCACGGCGGCAUGGGACACAUGGGGCCUAACAUGAUGGGUCCGAAUAGAAUGGGCGGGCCUGGCAAUCAAGUGAUGAUGAUGAAGGGCGGCCCCGGCCCCAUGGGGCAGAUGGGCCCUGGCAUGGGGCCCAUGGAUGGGUUUCCAGGGGGCACCCCGUCCUGCGGUGUCAUGGACGGCCUCGGUGCUGAUGGUGAAAUGCCCUGGGACACCAAAAACCCCUCAGUGAUGUCGAAUGGCAUGGCGAAUGGCGGCGGCAACAUGCCGCCGUGUUCUGAAUCUAACGCCAACGACACGCCGACCUCUGGCGCUGAUUCCUCCGACUGCCAACAAGGGCCUAAAGUAGGUGUCAAAAUCCCAGAUGAGAACCUGACGCCGCAGCAGCGGGCGCACCGCGAGGAACAACUGGCCACGAUCCGCAAGAUGCAGCAAAUGUUGUUCCCCGAGAGCGGGAACAACCCCAACCAGCCCGGCGACGGCAACCAGCAGAGCCAGGACCUCAACCCCCCUAACUCCGCCGGAAACAUGAACAUGCCUUUCCCACCCAUGUCCGGAAUGGGCCCUAAUGGACCCAUGGGCUCCGGACCUAACGGCCCUAUGGUCUCAAUGUCUAACAGCAUGAACUCCGGCCCUAGCUGCACUAUGGCCGGUCCCAUGGGGCCAAACGGACCCAUGGGACCCGGACCUAUGGGCCCAGGCGGGCCGAUGGGGCCUAACGGACCUAUGGGCGGGCCGAUGGGGAUGGGCGGGCCGGGUAUGGGAAUGGGGCACGGAUCGAUGGGGCCUAAUGGCAUGAUGGGGCCUAAUGGGCCGAUGAUGCCGGGGAUGGGGCCUAACGGACCUAUGGGGCCAAUGGGGCCGUGUGGGAUGAAGGGGAUCAGAGGGGCGUGUGGGGGAAUGGAUAUGGCUGGAGGAAUGUGCUCAGAUGUUCUUAUGGGGAGAGGGUGCGGCGGCCCUAUGGGGCGAAUGCCCAAUCCUAUGGGUGGUAUGGGCGGGCCUAAACCGUGCAUGAGGGGCGGACCCCACAUGGGGCCUAGGAUGAUGCCGGGGCCUAACAUUAAUGCUAUGAACGGCGGUAUGAUGAUGGACAGCGGCAUGAUGGGUAUGCACGGCGAGUGUGGAGACCACCAUCCAAUGCCAAACGGACCAAUGUGCGAUGACUAUGGUCGCGGGAGAAACAUGGGCCCCGGCGACCCCGGCGGGCUGGGCCCGGGCGCGGGUCGCGGGCUCCGCAGCCCCAAGAGCCCCGCCAACGACAUCGACUGGCAUAAGAUACACCACCAGUUCUUCGACGACCCCAAAUCUAUGGACAACGAGCUCAGUACACAAGUGAAAUCCCCGUGCUCAGAGAGGGGCGGCUGCCUCCCCCCGCCCCCCUACGGAGCCUCCCCUCUACACAGAUCCGCCUCAGUACCUAUUGCAACACAAUCGCCGAGCCACGGCUCGGUACAGAUGCCGAUGUCGGCCGAAGUCUCCCGAUCGGGUUCGGGGCUCAACAGCCCCGCGCACUGCAAACAGGGGCCUAAGCAAGACGCACCAGAGAUCCUAGAGAAGUUGGACGAUGGCGUGUUUGUUCGAACGCUCCAAUGUUUGGCGGCGCAACAACAGAAGAACCAGGGCGCGUCGCAUGGCAAGGAGCCUAGUUUGAUGCCCGUGCCCUCCCCACAGCAAAUAUCUUACCUCAACCAGUUCGAAGGGCAAGAGCUGACGAUACAGAAGCAACCGAACACAUCGCUCAAAGACAACGGACCUCCGUCUAAUAGCGGGGGGCAGACGCCACAAUCUAGCUCCAAUCAGAAGUCACCAGCUGGCAUGAUGCCUCGCACCCCGGAGCCGCUGGGAGCGCUGGAGCGCGCGGGGCGCUUCUCGCUCGAGCGCAGCCCCGGCGCGGGCUUCAACCCGCAGACGCCCGGCAACAAGUGCUCUCAGGACGAAAAAUCGCGACCUAGUCCAUCUUCAAAUCGGUCGAGUCAGGACAGCGCAUCGAAAACGCCACAACGCGACAGCCUCAGCCAGGGGCCGUAUGCGCCGGCGUCGUCCGCGUCCUCCUGCGCCGGCGCCGGCGCCGGCGGCGGCGGCGGCAAGCCCAGCUGUAGCGUUGCCAGCACUGCGCCCUCUGCCGGAUUGGACGACAACAUGACCAGUACUGAGACGACGUUAUCAGGCGGGCCCAACAGCACGACCUUACCGGGGCCCUUCCCCGGCUCGUGCAGCAUGAACAGGCCCGACAACAUCCCCAUCAACCCCAACCAGGGCCCUGGAGGCCCCAUGGGCCCUAACGCAGCAUCGUUCGACCCCAUCUCCUCACUAGCACAGAUGUCGCAGCAAUUGACGUCCGGGGCCCCGGGCCCGGGUCCGCCGGGGCCCGGCGGCUCGGGGCCCAUGGGGCCCUUCGCGCCCGCGCCUCACCACAUGCAACACCACCACUCAAUGCAUCCGCAUUCACAUCCGCACAUGAUGAUGAAUGAUUUAGGUUGCCACAUGGACAACAUGGGGGGCCCCGGCAUGGGCGGGCCCAUGGAAGGCAUGAUGGGCGGCGGGGACUUCCCUCCGGACAUCAACCUGAGCCCCAAGAUGGGCGGCAACAUGCCGGGCAUGCCCUCCGACGGCAUGAUGGGCGCGAGAAUGCCGGGCGCCGGCAAAAUGCCGCCUUUCAACGGCGCCAACGUUCAAGUCAAAGCCAGCGCCCCCAACACCAUACAAUACCUACCUACAAGACCGCAAAUGCCAUGCAAUUCUGGCCCUAGAGGACCUCCCAGCUUAGACUUCUUGCAAAGAGUGACGAGUCCGAUGCAGAUGGAGGGCGGGAAGGGGGUGCAGUACUUCCCGCCGGGGGCGAGGGGCAUGGACAUGGAGGGGGGCAUGAGGGGCGUCAUGAGGGGGCCUGGGAUGCUCAGGAUGUCGCCCUACCCUGCAGGUUUCAAUUCUCCACCCAAAAUGGGCGGCGACCCGUUCGGAGGCCCCGGAGGCCCCGGGGGCCCCGGGCCCGCCCCGGGCGGCAUGUGCGGGCCCGGGUUCCGCGGCGUGAAGGGCGCCAUGGGGCCCGGCGUGCGGAUGGGGGCCGCACAGCCGCUCCCACCAUCCAUGGCAGGCCCGGGCCCAGGGUUCAAAGGCCAGGGCUUCGCGGUGCCAUCCACGGCUGAUCCCAACUACGCAGCGCAGUUCCACAACUUCCAGCAGCAGCUGUACGCGACCGGCAGCCGCGCCGGCGCCCCCCACGCCGGCUACGCGCACCCCAGCUACCCCCCGCCCAAGUGACGAGUGUCCCUCCACGGCUGAUGCGCCACGUUAUGUACUUAAUUCUUCACAAGGUCUAAAUGUCCGCGGUAUCUUUUGAUUGUGUUUGUGACUAGCCGAAGUCUCCGCCUAUAUAGUGCACUCGACUGACAGUUUUUUGAUUGACAACAGUAAAUGUUUCGGUGCUGACAUCUAACGGAAUUGUCUCUCGAUUUUGAUACUAAAAUCGUUUGACUGAUAUCAAAUAUAUUUGUGAUCGAUAACGUUAGCUGUUCGAAAAUUUUACACAUUAAUUCAUUAUGCUUAAUUAAUUGAUAGAUUAUUAUUAAAUUAUUUAAAAUUUCUCAAGUUAUGAUGUUCCAUCACAUAAAAUAAGCUACUGUUAGAAAUAUAAUCAAAAGAUAGUACGGUGGAAUUAGGAAACGGCUGAUCCGCGGCACUACAAAUUCUCUCAAUUCGGACGCCGUGAGAUCUCUCGAUGCAACUCCGUGUCGUGACGAACUGAUCCUUCUUUAGUAGUUAUCUGUAGGUGUCGACUGAGCGACGAUUGUACCCGCGCGCAUAAUGACAGGUGCGCGAAAUGUCAACCCGCAAAAUGCCAUUUGUUACUCGACGUUUACUACUCGCAUCUGAUAUAAACACAGUUUUAUGUAAAUAAAUAAUUACAAUUAUAGCAGUAGAUGUCUUUUUUAAAUGUUUCUAUAUCGGCAUUAUGCGCUUCUGGCAUUUUACUAUAGGUAUCCAGAAGAUAAGACAUUUCUCGUAUCUGAUAUUAUAGCGGCGGAUCGUGUAUGUUAGUGAAUGCGGUUGCGUUUUGUACAAAUUGUACAAAAUUAGACGUGUUAUUGUGUACUCUACAUAAUUUAAAGUACAGUCUAGAGGUAAUUCGUUCGCUUAUGGCAAUAAAUUAGUUUAAGAUAUUUUUUCUACAGAGACAUGCCAGAAUUCAGUGUAUUCGGUUCCUUUACUUAGCUAUUUUAUGAUUCCUAUGCACACAGAUAUCUAGUCAAUUUUGAAAUUAAUGUCCCUGUGUUGACAGCCAGCACCGACCAGCUCCGGCUAUAAUGACUACAUUUUAAACAAUUCGUCCAUUCUUAGUUUUAUUUUUAAUUAUUAAUCUUGUUAGUAAAAUUGAUAUAUCUUAAUUUUUGGCAUACAGCCAGUAUCUCUCGGAAUUAAUUUACCAGUCUCUUAAUUAUUUGAAUAUUUUAAUUUGAUCUGAUAGCAAUGUUUUUCUGUCUUCCAAUACCUUAAAUAGACUCUUAACUUAAUUAUACAGUAAGUGGAGUAUACAUUAUUUGUACUCUCUGACUUUUCAAACUUAAAACACGGUUAGUGUAGUUCUACUUUUAAUUUUUUUUUUAAUUAAAAGUACUUAAAAUCUGAUGCCAUAUUAUUUGCCACAUGAUUUUACUUUCGUGAUAUGUUGUAUCUUAAUUUAUCGCUUUCUAUGGAGUUUUAAUGCCAACGUUUUUCGCACGGUUUUAACGGCAUAGUAUUAACAUGCUAGGCUAGUAGUCGCACAUUGUGGAUUCACAGUGGCCUUUGAUUCGUGUCGCAUUGUUUGUAAGCAAUGAACGCGGCCUUGGCCUCCGACCACGCUGAAGUGAGCGGCGGAUUGCGGCAGAAUUCUGCCUAUAACGUCGUGUCAAAAGCAACAUUUUAAUCAGUUAAAAACUUAAUUUUAUUUUACUAAUGAUUUUAAAGAACACUAACGCACGGCAAUACAUCCCUGCUAGCGAUACGUUGCUCACUUCGCGCCGCAGAUUAAUAAGGCCUAAGCGAACCGAACAGCCAGGAGCCUUGCCUGAAAUUGCAUAGGAUAACAUUUUUUUCAUUGGAAGACUGAUUUUUUCGUCUAAUAUUUUUUUUGUGUAAAUUUGGUUUUGACAUAUUGCAUAUUGAUUGUAACAAGCAACAGUAACAUAAGUUCUUGUUUGCGUGUCGAUGACAAAUUUACAAACGCUCUAUUGAAUACAAAAUAUUUUUAGAGAUUUUAUUAUACUAUGUUUGGGGUUAAGUUCAAAUCAGAUUCAUAGUAAUAAAAAGUACUCAUACUACUAAGUAUAGUGUAUUUCACUCAAUAUAUUUUGGCUGUAACGAGCGGAGCUCCUGGCCGUCGAGUUCGGGCCUAAGGGUAUGGAAAUGAAUGGAAAAAGCACAACAAAGUCCAGAAAACACACGUUCGCGAUUAGAUAGUGUUAAUUUAACUGUAAUUAUUAAUAUAAGGUAAAGAAUGGUUCUUGUUUUAGGAUAAGCGAAGAGCAAUGAUAUAAAAUAGUUUGUGUAAUAUUGAUAAGGAAUGAAAUUAAGAUGCAAACUAUUGGUUGUGAUUAUGACACAAUUUGUUAAGUUGUUCGUAGAUUUGUGACCCAGAAUUGUGAACUUACAGAUUCACGAUAAGACCUUUUUUAUUUUUUAUUUCCUUGUUUUUUGGAUAUUUUUACUUGUCUUUCUCGUUUGUACAUCGCUAACAAUAAUUGUACAGAGUACUUUUGGACUUAAUUUAAGGCAAUAAAUGUAUUUAUUUUAUAACUCGUGAUGUAAGAAUUUAUUCUUAAUUAUUAUAAAAAAAUAUAUGAUAUGCUUGUAAA